CUGGCAGGACAGCAGCACUGGGCUGGAUACAUCGGUAGGCCACUGCGAGUCAUUAUAAAAGCCAGAUAUGCAUUCAGUCACCUCCGACGAUGCUUAAUGAGGUCGAAUGUUCUGGAAAAGCGCUACGGCGGCCGAGCACGUGCGCAUCGAGCGGCGAUCGUCAUCCAACGGACAUAUCGUGAAUAUCGCCUGAACAGACGAUGGAGAGAAAUGACGUUACCCACUCAAAGGGGUCUUUUUUUGUUUUCAGAUUGUUUAAUGUCACCACGGCUGGUACAACGAAGAUUCCCGGUUCCUGAUCGAAGUCCCUUCAGUGUAACACACGUUCCUAGUCCAAGUGCUUUAAAGUCAGUGUGUGAAUUGUUUCUUCUUCCUUCUCAUCAUAUAUUUAAGCGAAAACGACAGUAUCGAAUAGCCCUUAAUUUCUUCAACAAGAAACCAGAGCGUGGUGUGCAGUUGUUGACUGCUUGGCGAUUCGUCGAUGAUUCGGCCGAAUCGCUGGCAAACCUACUUUUCGGAAGACGUGGUCUUAGCAAGCAGAUGAUUGGCGAAUACAUCUCCACCCUGCAUUCCACAUUCCACGCAUGCGUUCUGAAGUAUUUUAUUGGCCUAAUAGACGUUCGUGGAAUGGAAGUCGACGUGGCUCUUAGGAAAGCUAUGCAGUAUUUUCUCCUACCGAAAGAAGUUGAGAAGAUCGACAAGGUUAUUCAGGAGUUCGCCCAGCACUACGCGAAAUGUAAUCCGAAAGAAAUAAAACGAUUCCGGGGAGGCUGGGACACCAUUCACAUGAUCGCUUUCGCUGUCAUCAUGCUGAACACAGAUUUGCACUCGCCAAAUCUGAAGUCAUCGCAACGGAUGCAAAUGGAGCAAUUCAUUCACAAUCUUCGUGGUCAAGAUAAAAUUCGUGGUGAAAAGGAUGGCGCAGAUAUCGAUCGGGCUUGUUUGCAAGGAAUUUAUGAGCGUAUUCGUGUCCACGAGAUUCGUCCUGGAGACGACCAUGUAGCGCAAGUUGCACGAGUUGACGCAGCAUUUGUCGGACGCGAUAAGCCACGACUAACUGAAACACAAAGGCGUCUGGUUUGCUACUGUCGUCUGCAACAGGUUCUAGAUCCUUUGCGAAAACAAUCUGCCGGAAGUCACGAAAGGGAUGUAUUUUUGUUCAACGAUAUGCUAGUGGCUAUAAACAAGCGCCGAUCUUCAUCUCGUACAUCAUAUACGCUAAAGCAUUGGAUGCCACUAUUAGGAGCAUCCGUUCAUGAGUUUAAGAGUAAUUCGUAUGAGUUCGGCUUGACGAUCACGCCACCAGCACCAGACAGUAAUCCAUUACAUUUCAAUGCAAGAAAUUACGAUGACAGAUGUCGAUUUGUUGCCGAUGUCGUUGAGUCAAUUCGUGAAUCCUGUCAGAUGGAGGAAGUUAGACUAGAAUUGGAAAUGGAAAGACACAGUCUUCGUAAUGAUAAUCAACGUGAUAGUGGACUGCCAGAACUCGAUGGAACGGAUAGCCUUUUUACACGUCCGGGAAACUCGGUUCUUAGCUGUCCUGGGUUGAUGCCAACAUUUCGACGUCUAUCAUUCAACUCCCUUGAUUCGGGAGUAGUCGAAGAAGCUUGCGAAACAAACUCCUGA